AUGCAGUCUUUUGAUAUUGAGUCGUUAAUUGGUGAACGUAAUGUUAGUGAUAAAACUGAUCCAAUGUUAAAAUCAAUUAAUCGAAAUUCAUCAAAAGAUCAACAAAUUUCUUGGAAUAUUUCCACUAAUAUUAAUAAUGAUAAUGCUCAUUUAACUGAUAAUCAGCGAUUAUUUAAACAAGAAUUUAAUUUUGAUGAGCUGUUUAAUUCGGAAAGCACUCGAUCGGUUCACAAUCGCCCUAUAAGUAUUAAUUCAGAUGUGAAAAAUUUUUGCUCAUCAUCAUCGUCAUCACAAGGAUAG